AUGCUGAUUGUAAAAGUUGACCAGGGCUUUUUUUCGUGGGGUGUUUUGCGAGGCAUGGAUUUCUUUUUCUCUUGCCUGUUUCUGUCCUGCGCGAGCGGCGCGUGGGGGAAUCAGCACGGCGACACCAGUAUAUAUCUGGAUAACAUCACGCGCAUAUUGGAUAGAUUACUGGAUGGCUACGACAACAGGCUACGACCUGGAUUUGGGGGUCCAGUUACGGAGGUGAAAACUGACAUCUUCGUCACCAGCUUUGGCCCUGUCUCAGAUGUUGAGAUGGAGUACACCAUGGAUGUGUUCUUCCGUCAGACCUGGAUUGACGAGCGGCUGAAGUUUGAGGGCCCCAUCGAGAUCCUGCGGCUCAACAACCUGAUGGUCAGCAAGAUCUGGACGCCUGACACUUUUUUCCGGAACGGCAAGAGGUCGAUCUCUCACAACAUGACCACCCCCAACAAGCUGUUUCGCAUCAUGCAAAACGGAACAAUCCUCUACACCAUGAGAUUAACUAUAAAUGCGGAGUGCCCCAUGCGUCUGAUGAACUUCCCGAUGGACGGCCACGCUUGCCCGCUGAAGUUUGGAAGCUAUGCUUACCCCAUCAGUGAGAUUGUGUACACCUGGAAGAAAGGCCCUCUUUCUUCUGUCGAGGUGCCGCAGGAGUCAUCCAGUCUGUUACAGUACGACCUCAUCGGUCAGACGGUGUCGAGUGAGCGGUUAAAGUCCAACACAGGUGAAUAUGUCAUCAUGACUGUUCACUUCCACCUGCAAAGGAAAAUGGGCUUCUUCCUGAUUCAGACCUACAUCCCUUGUAUCAUGACUGUUAUCUUGGCACAAGUCUCCUUUUGGAUUAAUAAAGAAUCAGUUCCCGCCCGGACUGUGUUCGGCAUCACCACUGUCCUGACCAUGACCACGCUCAGUAUCAGUGCUCGCCACUCGCUCCCGAAAGUCUCCUAUGCCACAGCCAUGGACUGGUUCAUUGCUGUUUGCUUUGCCUUCGUCUUCUCCGCCCUGAUUGAAUUCGCAGCCGUCAACUACUUCUCCACGCUGCAGGCUAAUCGGGAGCUCCGCAAGGCGGCAGCCAUGAAGGCAGCAGCCCAGGAGGCUGUGGCUGUAGCCACAGCCACAGGGGGCGAUGGUGAGGUUUCCUCAGUGGACGCCAGCAGUGUGUUAAAGAAAAGGAUGAAUUCUGCCCCGCUGUUUGAACGCCCAGCCAAGACGUUUCCCAACCCACCGGUCAACACCCAGGCUUUCCUUCAGCAGGGAUCAGCAGUACCGGCCAACAAUGUGCUGACUGGCACCAGCAUCAUCGACAAAUACUCCCGCAUCCUCUUCCCUCUGUCAUUUGGGGCCUUCAACCUGGUCUACUGGAUUGUCUAUCUGACCAAGGACACCAUGGAGAUGUCCAGGUACUUUCUGCUGGCAGUUUAG